AUGAUAAUUAAAGCGAUUCACAUCGAGGUAGUCAGCGAUCUGAGCACAGAAGAGUUUCUAGGAGCUUUGCAACGUUUUAUUGCACGGCGUGGCAAACCCCAGUCCAUAUAUAGUGACAAUGGAACCAAUUUUCAAGGUGUUAAAGGUGAAUUAAAUAAGUUGCAUGAGCUGUUUCAGUCUGAGAGAUUCAAAAACAAAAUCUUCAAUUUCACUAGCUGCAUUGGAGUUGAUUUUCAUUUCAUUCCUCCCUCGUCUCCGCACUUUGGUGGACUAUGGGAAGCUGGUGUAAAGUCCUAUAAACAUCAUUUCAAAUGGGUUGCUUCAAAUGCACUAUUUACAUUCGAAGAAUUUUACACCCUCUGUGUUGAAAUCGAGUCAAUCUUGAAUUCAAGACCACUCAGUCCAAUUUCAACAGAUAUAAAUGAUAUCUCGGCCUUAAUUCCAGAACAUUUUUUAAUAGGUGACUCAUUUACUUAUUUGCCCGAACCUGACCUCUUGCCCUUACCAUCCAAUCGAUUAUCAUCUUGGCAGUUGUUUUCCAAAGUACGUCAAGAUUUUUGGAAAAGAUGGAGUACCGAGUAUUUGAAUGAGUUAAAUGUUCGUCAAAAAUGGCGUAGCGAUAUAAAGAAUCCUAAAAUAGGUAUGCUGGUGUUAUUGAAAGAGGACAAUAUGCCUUGUAUGCAAUGGCCACUAGCAAGGAUUCAUGAAUUGCAUCCAGGGAAUGAUGGCAUUGUAAGAACUGUAACUUUAAAAAGCGCUAAUCGAAUGUUAAAAAGACCUGUACGAAAAAUUGCUGUACUACCGAUAAAUUGCUAUGAUGUCGAAAAUAAAUGUUGA